UAGUGUGUGGUUUGACGUUUGGUCGCUGUGUAGCUGUCUGCUUUCUUUGCAAAGGAAUGUCGCUGCUAUAUCUCUGUCGAGAUGGAGGGUUGACAGAUGUUUCUUUGAGACAAAGAUGCCGGUCCUGCUGUACAUUAUGUCAGUAAAUCACCAUGAUGCACAAGACAGCAUGGUAGUUACCUCCACUCCUGACUGGCGAGCAAGAACAUCUGGUUAGAUUUGAGUGCUGCUCAAUAACAGGUCAAUAUUUUUAGGAAUUUUUCAUCAUUGCUGCUCGACAGCAUGGACUGUUAACUUCAUCAGGACACAGGACUACACUUUCCUUCAGUUGCUGGGUGAUAUAUUGUCAGUGGAUUUCCACUGUACUACCGGGUACUACUGUACAAGUUGGUGAAGCCGCGUCAAGAUGUUUUCAGCAUUAAAGAAGCUGGUGGGGUCAGAGCCAGGGCAGCUCAGGGAGAAGAAUAUUCCUGCUGGCCUGCAGUCCAUGAACCAAAGUUUGCAGAGACGCUUCGCCAAAGGAGUCCAGUAUAACAUGAAAAUAGUUAUCCGGGGAGAUAGAAAUACUGGAAAAAGUACUUUAUGGUAUCGACUGCAGGGCAAGAAAUUUGUGGAGGAGUACAUACCUACUCAGGAGAUCCAAGCCACUAGUAUCCAUUGGAAUUAUAAAAUGGCUCCAUAUCAAGCUACUGAUGAUGUGGUCAAAGUGGAGGUGUGGGAUGUGGUAGACAAAGGCCAAAAAUAUCCUCUUCCUGAAGGUGUAGGCAAAGGCAAAAAGCGGGGAGACAAUUUGAAGCUGGAGAAUGAGCCACAAGAGUCCGACGAGGUGGCCCUGGAUGCGGAGUUCCUAGACGUGUACAAGAACUGUAACGGCGUUAUCAUGAUGUUUGACAUUACCAAGCAGUGGACAUUUAACUACAUACUGAGGGAGCUGCCGAAAGUACCCACUCAUGUACCAGUGUGUGUUCUGGGAAACCACAGGGACAUGGGCGAACAUCGUGUCAUCCUCCCUGAUGAUAUAAGAGACCUGAUUGCUGGAUUAAACAGACCAAUGGGAUCCUCUUACAUCCACUAUGCCGAGUCCUCUAUGAAGAAUGGCUUUGGCCUCAAAUAUCUGCACCGGUUUUUCAACAUCCCCUUCCUGCAGCUCCAGCGGGAGACCCUCCUGAGGCAGCUGGAGACCAACCAACUGGACAUGGACGCCACCCUGGAGGAGCUCUGUGUCCAGCAGGAGACGGAAGACCAGAAUUAUGAGAUUUUCCUGGAGAACCUGGAGUCUCGCAGUAAGGGCUAUGGCUCUCCUGGGCCAGCCAAUGGUCAGAGUCCAUCCUCGGGCUCCCAGUCCCCUAUCGUCCCUCCCAGCGGGGCCUCCACAGGUAGCUCCAGCCCCAGCACCCCUCAGCCCCCCAUGCCCUCCCAGGCCCUCCCACAGUCGCCGUCUGUGUCCGCCUCCUCCCCUGCGCCUCCUUCAGCUGCUGCCAGCGGGGCGGCGUCUCCCACAGUGGACGCCAAGCUGCCUGCGCAGUCCCCUGAACACCUGCAGUCCGCCGCUGCAUCUGGAGCAGCAGCCACCCAGAAACGAAGCUUCAUCUCUCGCUGGUUUGGUUCAUCUCCUGCCCCUGAGGCUUCAAACACUGCUCCAGAUGAGCCUCCGGCACCGGUGUGUCCCACCAAGGUGCAGAGUGUGGAUGAUUUCGUACCAGAUGAGAGACUGGACAGGAGUUUCCUGGAGGACAGCCUGCCCUCGAAGACGAAGGUGGCUCAGCCUGCACCAGCAGUGGACAGCGACAGUGAUGGCGAAGACAGAGGGAAUCCCAUGGUCUCGGGUUUCCAGGACGAGCUUGAUCCCGAUGACACUGAACCCAGCCUCCCCCAGCCCAAGACCCUGCCCCCCAGUAAAGACAUCACCCUGACCAGUGACGAGGAGGAUGCACCAGCAGUACCCACUGUUACCCAGGACAAAGACCUGGACAGCGAACCCGAGCUGAAGGCGCCUGUGAUCCACAUCACAAAACCAAAGGUGUCGUCUAAAGCCUCAGAGCCUAAAGGCCAGACCACAGCACCCAUCUCCCUCACUCUAACUCCAACAGCAGAGCAGCCAGCGCGACACCAAGGCAAAAAGAAGGGCAGCUCGCCAAAAGCAGAGGACUCCGACACCGACCCCGAGGCCCCCGUAGCCCAGCAGCUGCUCUCUUUUGUCAUGGACGACCCUGACUUUGAGUCUGAAGCAUCGGAUACUCCAAAAGUAGCAAAGGAUGCGUUUCCAGUCAGGGAUGAGCUUCUGUCAGAUCUCUCUGACGACGACAUGCAGUUAGUCAAAGUGGCCGAGCCUAUGAAGCCCACUGUGAUCUCCUUCAAACACAAGGAUGACACCGACCUGUUCGGCCUCGGCUUCCAGGAAGAGGCUCCUGUAGUCAAGGAAAGCAGCGAGGAGCAGGAAGAGAAGGAAAGCAAACAGUCCUCCAAAGAAAAGAAGAAAAAGAAGAAGAAAGUCAAAGAGGAGGAUGAGAAGAGCAAGAAGAAACACAAACACAAGAAAAAGGAGAAAGAAGAGACGGCAGCAGGGGACGACAAAGAAAAGAAGAAGAAGAAAUCCCGGACCAAGAAAACCGAAGUGGACGAGCUGGAGGACUUUCUGGGUGGCGGCGCAGGAGCCGUCAAAAGAGACGACGGCGACUACGAGGAGCUAUAAACGCUGAUCUCUUUGGGAUUGGAGUCGCGGGAACAGCGGCCAGGCCUCGUGGUUCCUUGACUUGUAUGUGCAUAAAGCAGCAUCUCCAAGCCAUACGCAAUACGCAAGGCCACCGACACCCAGGUAAAAUAACCAAGGACUCUGUACCUGUAUGUUCUUCUGAUUGAUUUCCCCAUCUGCACUACUGCUCUCACUUCCAUUCCAACCAAUAGGAAACGGCGAGGAGGCCGGCGUGUACUGUAGUGAGUCGUGAUAUAAAGUCUGCUGACUGGUGAUUUGAUACACUCUUAAGCUGAUCCACUCCCAGUGAGAUGCUGUAAAUAUGGUUACCAUUUAGUCUGAAUGUUGUGUGGUUGUUGUACUAAUCGAGUGCAUGCUCAAAGUGACGACUGACUUCCUAGAGACUCCACGGUGUUCUUUCUUUUCUUUCUUUAAACGGUUAAUGGCAGAUGUUUGUCCAGAUUUAGUUGUGUCUAUGAACACUGAAUUCAGAGCGAGGUUAAUCGAGAACUUUGCCCAUCAUCCUAUCAAGAGUUAAGACCUCUUUUUCAAUCUUGAGUCCUCAUCCACACUAAGCAGGCUGAAUCAGUAAACGUCAUGUCAUCGUUUUAUGCGUCCUUGUCACUUACAACGCUUCAUAAACUGAAUUAAUGUCAUCAGACUUUUAAGAAUGCAUUCGUGCUGUUUGACAAAGUGAACCACAUGCGAUCAUUUAACUCUUUUCUGCAUGAAUCAUUAUAAAACGAGUGGGAAACUAAUAAUGCAUCCAAUUGGAUUAUUUUGAGUGAGAUACGUACAUUACAGUCGACAGCUUUAAUGAUAAAUGUAUUUUUAACAUAGUGUCCAAAAGCCUCUUCAUAAAGAUAACAUGCAGUUUAUUUAGGAAAACUUAAUCCAAAAUGUAACUAGUGGUUAGUGGUGAUACCAACUAUCAGAUAAUGUAG